ACAGAGGACUCCCAGCCAAAGUGACUGCUUGCUGGCUGCUUCUCUAGUUCAGAGGACCCGAGAGUCUGGGUGCACAUCCUUUUUCUGUCUCUAAGACCAAUAGUCUAGGUUAUCUGUGUCCAUGGAGCCCUGCCGGUCCCUGGCUCUGCUUGCUGGCUCCCUGGGCCUGGUUUCUACUCUGAUUGCUCUGAGCACUGACUUCUGGAUAGUGGCCACAGGCCCCAACUACUCUUCCCACUCGGGCCUCUGGCCAGCGACACACGGGAUCCAAGCAGCAGGUUAUAUCCAUGUGACACAGAGCUUCUGUAUCCUGGCCACCCUGUGGAGCCUGGUGUCUGUGGGCUUCCUGAUUCUGUCUUACCAUCCGGCCCUGUCCGCCCCAGGCCGUGGCCCUCUGGUCUCAACUGUCAUGGCUUUUGCUGCAGCGCUCUCCAUAAUAGUGGCCAUGGCAGUGUACACCAGUCAUAGAUGGAGCCAGACUCCAUCUCCCCAGGUCCAGACAUUCUUCUCCUGGUCCUUUUACCUGGGCUGGGUCUCCUCUGUCCUCUUCCUCUGUGCAGGCUGCCUGAGCCUGGGUGCUCACUGUAGAACCCACCGGGCUGGGUACGAAACUCUGUGAGCAGAAGGCAAGCGAGUGGGGUCAGCGGGAUGUUUGGAACCUUGUCCUCUCAGGAGCCACAGAAGAAAUGCAGGAGUCUGUCUCUGCCCCUCCCGCCUUGCCUUACCUUUCAUUGGUUUCUCCACACAUUCAAUAAAAACCUUCUGCGAUCUAA